AUGUCGGAAAACAAGGAAGUGAUGAUAAUAAACGGUGAGUACACGAUGGAGAAGGAGAUUGGGAAGGGUUCUUUUGCCACAGUAUAUAAAGGGUAUCGAACUGCAGACAAAAGUCAGCAUAUAGCGAUCAAGGCUGUAUCACGUUCUAAACUUAAGAACAAGAAGCUGCUGGAAAAUUUAGAGAUUGAGAUAGCCAUUUUGAAGAAGAUUAAACAUCCUCAUAUUGUCGGACUUAUGGACUGCGAAAGAACAGCAACAGAUUUUUACUUGGUAAUGGAAUACUGUGCUUUAGGUGAUCUGACUUUCUUGAUAAGAAGGAGGAAAGAACUGAUGGAAAAUCAUCCUUUACUAGCGACAGUAUUUGAAAAAUACCCACCACCCAAUGAACAUCAUAAUGGCCUUCAUAGAGCGUUCGUCAUUAACUAUUUGCAGCAGUUAGCAUCAUCUUUAAAGUUUUUAAGGUCAAAGAAUUUGGUUCAUAGAGAUAUCAAACCACAAAAUCUACUACUGGCUACACCACUAGUUGGAUAUCAUGACGCGAAAAGUUUCCAUGAUUUAGGAUUUGUGGGGAUCUAUAAUUUACCGAUCUUAAAAAUUGCUGAUUUUGGCUUUGCCAGAUUCUUACCGAAUACGUCCUUAGCUGAAACUUUAUGUGGCUCACCUCUUUAUAUGGCGCCUGAAAUAUUAAACUAUCAAAAAUAUAAUGCAAAGGCCGAUCUAUGGUCAGUCGGUACGGUCCUAUAUGAAAUGGCAUGUGGUAAACCACCUUUCAAAGCCUCCAAUCAUCUGGAAUUAUUCAAGAAAAUCAAGAGAGCCAACGACGCUAUCAUUUUCCCCUCCCAGUGCGAAGUUGAAAAAGAUUUGAAGGAUUUAAUAUGCUCUUUGUUAACUUUCGAUCCAAAUAAUAGGAUUGGAUUUGCUGAAUUUUUUGAGAAUAAAUUGGUCAACGAGAAUCUCUCUCGCUAUGAAAUUGAUGAAGAUCUACCAGAUUUAGAGAAUAAAUCAAAAGAUGUCAUUGAAAGCAACAUGUUUGUCUCUGAAUAUUUGACUAAACAAUCGAAUAAAAGUGCUCAUAUCGGAAAUCAAUACAAAGCGUUGGCGACAGUGAAUAGUGGUUCCACGGGAAGUUCCAUUACCAAAAACAGUAGUGGUCCCAACGAUAUUAAUAGUCCGGCAUCGCCUAGAAGUGCAACAGAGAAUACACAUGACCAGACACACGCGAUGCACAGAAAAGUCUCAACCGAAAAGUCAAAAAGAAUUGAUUCAGGCUCAGAUUUAAUGCUAGAGAAGGAAUACGUUGUCAUAGAGAAGAAAAGUGUCGAAGUGAAUGCAUUAGCCGACGAAUUCGCACAGGCAGGCAGCCAUUCCGUUGCUUUCCAACAAAAUCACCAGCAGGUGAAUCAACUCAAGCAAGGUCCUGGAAAAACAUCAUCAAAUAGCAGUAGCAAUAACGGCGUUACUACGGUGCAGCAAACUCAACCCUUACAGCAACAGCAGGCGCAGUUUUUAAGAAACAGAAAUUCAAGAAGCUCAAGCAGUAGUAGUACCUACCGCCGACCUUCGCUUGUUGAUCGUAGAUUAUCGAUAACAUCUUUAAAUCCUUCAAAUGCUCUGUCGAGAGCAUUGGGUAUCGCAUCAACUAGAUUGUUUGGUGGUGGAACAUCAAACGAUACACAGCAACAAGCUUCAAAUACUUCUUCUCCCAAUUAUAAAUCAUCGUUACUGAAUGCAAAGGUUUUCCAGGAUUUGACUGAAAACAUUAUUUUGCGUGUCGAGCAUCUUCAUGACGAACAACCUCAAAAAGUAGACAACAAUUCUAUUGUACAGGUAUUAGAGACGCUAUCAGCAAAAGCAUUUGUUAUAUUUUCUUAUGCUGAAGUGAAGUUUUCCCAAAUUGUUCCAUUGCCGUUAUCAUUUGGAAAACGGUUGAGCAAUGGCAGCUGUGCCAUAGAGGAAGAAGAAGAAGAAGAAGAAGCUGAUUACUUGAUGAAGCGUCAAAAUGUGAGGAAAAGAGAUAAUAAUUCAGGUUUUUCUCAGCAAACAUUUGGAUCAAACGAUCUACCAGUCGCCGAAUUGCGCCACUUAUCUACUGAAGCGACUAUACUUUAUAUGAAAUCACUCUCCAUUCUGGCAAAGGCAAUGCAAAUUACGUCAACUUGGUGGUAUGAAUCUCAGGAAAAGGUUUUUUCAUUGCGUUUGAAUUUAUUGAUUCAAUGGAUAAGAGAGAAGUUCAAUGAAUGUUUAGAAAAAGCAGAUUUUUUAAGGUUGAAAUUGGAUGAGUUGAGGAAAAAUGAAGCGAUUGAAAGAACUUAUACUUCGGAGGUCAAAGAUGCGGAGAAAAAUGAGAGCAGUGAUAGCAAGUCUCAUCAUCACGUGUAUGAUGAGAGUGAUUCAGACCUUGGUGAUCCAGUCUAUGUGGAAAAAAUCUUGUAUGAUCGUGCUUUGGAGAUUUCUAAGACUGCUGCGCAACUGGAAAUACAAGGCGAACAUCUCAGUAACUGCGAGCUUGCUUAUGCGACGUCCCUGUGGAUGUUAGAAACGUUGUUGGAUGAUUCGAUUGCAGAAGAAUCCUACAAUGAGAUUGAAAUGGUUAAUACGGGGAUUUUAGAUGAUCAGGACAAAAAGAUUAUCAGGAAAUAUAUAGAUAGUAUUGCCAAUCGUUUGAAGGCAUUGAGACAGAAAAUCAAUGGCUAG